CUUAAUCUGCCAUUCAUUCCAAUAUCGCCAACACCAGUUCUUCGUGAGGCACAGUAGUCAAGAUGGGUGCCCUCAAAUACGUCGAAGAACUUCACAAGAAGAAGCAAUCCGAUGUCCUUCGAUUCCUUCUCCGAGUCCGCUGCUGGGAGCUCCGACAAUUGAAUGUCAUCCACCGCGCUUCUCGACCUUCUCGACCGGACAAGGCCCGUCGCCUGGGAUACAAGGCCAAGCAGGGCUAUGUCAUCUACCGUGUCCGUGUCCGUCGUGGUGGUCGCAAGCGACCUUCGCGAAAGGGUGCUACUUAUGGCAAACCCACCAACCAGGGUAUAAACCAGCUCAAGUACCAACGAUCUCUCCGAUCCACCGCCGAAGAGCGUGUCGGUCGUCGCUGCGCCAACUUGCGCGUCCUCAACUCAUACUGGAUUAACCAAGAUUCAACCUACAAGUACUUCGAAGUCAUCCUCGUUGACCCUCAACACAAGGCCAUCCGCAAGGAUGCCCGUAUCAACUGGAUCGUCAACCCUGUCCACAAGCACCGCGAAGCCCGUGGCCUUACCGCAACCGGCAAGAAGUCCCGUGGUUUGGGCAAGGGUCACAAAUUCAACAAGACUACUGCUGGAAGAAGGAAGACCUGGAAGAGACACAACACCCUGUCUCUCUGGAGAUACCGCAAAUAGAUGUGAGGUCUGUGACGGACCUGUCUGGGUGUCAAAGUGUGGUUAUGAUAUGCGAAAACGGAUCGUUUCCGCAAAUCUUACGUUUGGGAUCGUGUCUAUGGCCGCAAGCAUACCCUUUGCAUGGAAAGCGGUGGUGUGCCGCCUGGCGAAAGCUAUCCACUGCAUUACGCAGGUUUCAGUGGCCCCCGUCUCUGAACGGAUGAUACCAAAAAUGAAUGCAAGCGAAAUUUUUGAACUGCAUCCAACCGGGCGAGACGACCUAUUCGUGCUCACCAGUGUUUCCUUCUUGUUCGGCUUUUCCUCGAGCUGUCUGCAGGGAAUAUUCUUUACCUUCUUUACCGCCCUUCGCAUUCUGUAUCCGCUUAGAUCGACACGCAAAUAGGUACACCCCCGUGCGAGACACCUGGGUCGGCUUUUAUGUGUGGCACGUGACGAGGGUUUUCACGAAUCAAAUUUUCCCCGCAUUUCACUUUCGAAUGUCCGCAU